AUGGCUUGUGUUACACUAAAGAGAUCUGCUCCUUUUGAUUCUAUCGGUUCUUCUUCUGUGAAAAGACAUCGGUGCUCUUUAAACCUCCCCUGCAAUUGUCAGUUGACAUCGCAAGAAUCUGCCUUUAUACCUUCUUCUCGUCUUACGAAAGAUCAAAUACACCGGCGCAUUCGAUACGAGGUAUGGCGUCUUCAGCGUCGUAGAAUUAUUCCGAAAUUCCCACCAAAUUGUCUUUCAAGCUGCCACGACGCAUCUGGUGUACACAAUGAACGGCCGAGUUCACCAGAGGAGUGCACACUGCACUCAUGCUCGCAGGUGAUAAGCAGCAUGCGUCAGAUGGCGAUUCGUUCGCCCAAGCCGGAUACACCAGCUUCCUCAGACUCCGAUGAGACCUCGGAUGGCUCCUGCACCCCACCACGCACAGAGCCGUCUUCCUCCCUGCGGCCGAUGCCCCCACAAUCGCCCUCUUCCGUUGAGCCGAAAAGUGCUGGCACAAGUCAGGAUACUGUACCGCUUUUCACAAUGUGUCAGGUCACUGCUCUCUGUGACCGCCUUAUCCGUGAGCGUGAAGAACAACUUCGUGAGGAGUAUGACAACAUUCUCUGCUGUAAACUCGCCGAACAGUAUGCGGCCUUGUUGAAGUUCAAUCAGGACCAGUUGAGUUACAGGUUCAAGGACGCACCAAUGAGUUAUCGUUCGUUAUCAUCGAAGGUGUUUGGCUUCCAUCUAUGUCCAUCUUUUCUCACUUGGGCGCCUGCGUUUACCUCAAUGUUUUUCCUCCAUGAUGCAGUUUACUUCGAGUUGUGCGGUGUAGUUGAAUGUAGCAGUAACUUUAAACUGACUGCGUGGGAUCCCUGGGGGCUCGGCCGUGGUCGUGGAUUCGCGGGGGGUGGCUGGUGGGUGCCGCGCACGGCUGGCGGCGUGGCCUGUGUGGGGGUGGGUCUCCGUGGGUGGUGGGGUGGGGCCCACGUUUAUCAAGCCGGGAGACGGCCGUAG